GGAUUCUGGCCGCACGAGUGGGGCCACGGGGAAGGAUUGCCGCGGGGACGGGACGGCCUCGCUUGUGGUUUUUCCGGCGGGCUUGCGAUUAUUGAGUCAUUGUGGUUAUCUACAAGGAAAAGCAUCCCUACUCCUUAUCAUGCAGGUGCUAUUCUUAGUCUUGUUCAUUGGCCUCGGCCUGACCGUCUACUCAUUUCUUCCUCAACAGCAGCUCACCCAUUCUAGCAAGGACACCUCAGGCCUGUCGCUCUUUUCCCUCGUCCUCAACACCGUCUGCGCUACGGAACAGUUUCUCGUCGGUCUGAUCUACAUCAACCUACCCCAUGGCGCCGACUUCUUCAUCGAAAACCCAAAGUCCUGGGGCGACUGGCUGAACUUUUGCCAACUCGCCACUGUCUGGGUACUUUUCGUUCUCCAAUUGGGAAUGUGUCUCUGGUACCCAUCCCCGGGACUAUCCCGCGGACGAAAGAUCUACGCGGCAACUCUCUACGGCAUCUUCCUCGCCAUCUCCCUCGCACCAGGGGCGUUGCUCAUCGUGUUGCUCCACCAAGACCCGGACGUCGAUUUCACACACGCGAUCUUCAGCGGCUGCCAUCUUUUGUACGUCAACCCGGCGGUGCCGUGGCUAAGUAUGGGGGCGUUUCUGUCUCAGGUGAUCACCUUGCUUCGCUCAGGGCCCCAGCACCGAAGUGGCAUCAGUGUGCGGGGGCUGGACUAUCCGCUGCCUUGGCCGUUGAUCUAUGCCUGGUUCCUGUGGGUGGGGUGGCCGGCGGUGGACAGUCUGAUUUUCGCGGUCGGACAGGGGCUCUUGUUCUUGCUGGCGGCGAGGAGACGUGCUGUUGUCGGCACUUUGGAGGCUACCACAGGGGAAACUGAGCCUUUAUUGACAAGCAGGUAG